CAGCUAUCUAUAUAUUUAUCUAAAGAGCCAUGGCUAGAGUGGUUGGGAUGAACAAGAAAUUACAACUUAGUUACAUGCAGCAAGCAGCAGGAUUGGCGACCAGCAGCUGGGCAACGUACGAGAGACAGCCAGAAUGGCAGAACCUACGAAGCAACAAACACAGAGAAUGUGUUGGACUUGGAGCUAGACAGAUGAUGAAGAAGCCGGAGAAGCCGUCUUGGUGGGUGCCGCAUCCUCGUAGCGGGAUAUACUAUCCUCAAGGCCACGAAAGGGUAAUGGAGGACGUUCCAAACGGCGCAGCUUCUUUUGGUGACGCUACUUAUUGGCUGAGGAACGUAGAUGGAGUUGACAAACCAGAAUCCGACAUGUACUGUUAACUAG